CAUUCGAGACCAAGUCCUACAGAUGAAUGAGUUUUGCCUAACUACCACACCUCAAUAUAAACUGACCCACUCUCUCACAUGUCCUUCACAUUCUCAUUUUCUUUCAUCCCAUACUUUUCUCUGUUCACCCCCCUACUAUUCUAACUACACCACCAUGUCACGGUUCAGUAUUGGUCACAUCUCUAGCGUGCGUCAGUGAAUCUGUAAGAACUAGCUACCGUCACGUCAUCUUCAUUUAUACUAACCCAUUAAGAAACAGAGUACUCUGUUUUACUCUGUUUUCUCCAUCAUCAUCAAUUUUCUUUCCUUCUACACGUUUUUCAUCACAUCAUUUUCUUCUUUUACCAGAGUACGUAGUAACACACUUUCUUUAAUUCCUCAUAAAACUACUCUCUGCUACGUAUCUUUCAAACUUCAAACGUCACUACCUAAUUCAAAACGCAACAAUUUAUUUAUCACAAACAAACCCACUUCACUUCACAAGGAAUUGUUAGAAGAUGGGGAAUUGUCAAGCGGCGGAGGCGGCGACGGUUUUGCUUCAUCAUCCAGGGAACAAGAUUGAGAGGAUUUAUUGGUCUGUUAGUGCUAAUGAGAUUAUGAAUUCUAAUCCUGGUCAUUAUGUUGCACUUGUUGUUUCAUCGACUACUCUGAAAUCUGAGAAUGGUGCUCCAGUGAAACAUCUCAAGCUUUUGAGACCUGAUGAUACUUUGCUUAUUGGUCAGGUUUAUCGCUUGAUCAGUUUUGAAGAUGUAUUGAAGGAGUUUGCUUCUAAGAAAUGUGGUAAACUGGGGAAAUUGCUGAAAGAGAGUGGUAAUCAUGGGAUACAGAUGAAGCAUAAAGAUUCCAGAGCUCCUAAUCCUAGUCCCAGCUCCAACUCUGAUCAUUUUGGUCCUCCUAAGGUGGAACAGGAAACUCGUAGCAGAAGCAAUAACAAAAGUGUUGGAAGGCAUUUGGUUGGUGGUAGUGGGCAAUGGAGGCCAGCCUUACAGAGCAUUGAAGAACUUGGAACUUGAACUCUCUUAAUCACUCACUCCUAUAAAUAAAUCUUCUUUUAAAUCUGUUCCGAUACAAUUCAUGUAAUUGCCCCCUUCUUAAUUUGUAGUAGUCCAUCCAUUAUAUACAUAGGCUGUGUUAAAUGUAUGCAUCUAGACCUUAAUACAAUUAGUAAUCCAACUGUUAAUCCAUUAUAUCAUAUUAUCAUA